AUGCAAGAGUUGGUAGCUGGUUUACAGAUGAUGAGAUUUGAUUUUGAAGUUGUUCUGGAGCAACAGAGAGGAAUUAUGGAUUUGCCAUUUUCUGGCAUGGAUAGAUCUAGUUCAGCUGUUUGUGAGCUUUUCAUUAAAGGUAAAUGCUUAAAAGAACAAAUGUGCCCAUUUCGACACACGUGUGGUGACAAGAAUGUUGUAUGCAAACACUGGCUCCGAAGCCUGUGUAAAAAAGGAGACCAGUGUGAGUUUUUGCAUGAGUAUGAUGAGACCAAGAUGCCACGAUGCUACUUCUAUUCAAAAUAUGGUGAAUGCAAUAAGCAAGAGUGUCCUUUCCUACACAUCAAUUCGCGGAUACAAAUUCCAGACUGCCCCUGGUAUGACCGAGGGUUCUGUAAAUAUGGCCCACUGUGCAAAAACAAACACACCAGGAAGAUAAUCUGUGAGAAUUAUCUGGCUGGUUACUGCCCUGAAGGAACAGCAUGUAAACUUUCACAUGCAGGGAAAGGGACACCACCUGAACCAAAGCAACGACAAAUGUCAAACUCUGACAACUACAGCAACUGUGUAACUGGAUCUGAAACCCAGGACUGUCAAACAAUCUAA